GGAAAAGAAAGGGAUGGAAAAAGAUGGAAAAGAAAGGAUGUAAAAAAGACAAGGUAGGGGAAAGAAGGAAAAGAGAGUGAAGAAAAGAAUAAGUGGGGAACCAAUGUUAGAGAAGAUACGCUAUCGUAGCAAUGAGAAAGCUAACUGUUGGUGAAAGCCAGGAGCGCUUCUUUAGAUGUCGGUAAAGUCUCGUCAGUCGAUAGAAUGCAUCAAUUCGUAAUAGGUUAGGUAAAAAAUUAAUUUUUUAAAGUGUUGGAAUGAAAAGCUGCUUAUGUAUGAACAUAAAUGGUGAUCGAGAUGAUAUAAUACGUGAAUGUUGUUAAUCGAGGAUACAUUUCUCGAGGCAUUUUCGAAAAGGAUAAAUUUGCGAGGUGUUAUCGUGAUCAAAAUAUAUUAAUUCGAAUAACAUCCUUGAUAGGUGAUACACACAUACAUAUCCUUUAAUCGUAUCGAUCAAUGGAAUGAAAGUAAAAUGUCGAAAAUACAAUUUUUUCGAUUUUUGGAUUAUCACCAAUUUGUGCAUUUUUUAACGAUAACAAAUAUAUCGAUGAGGUCAAAAGUUUUAUCGGUAGAAUUUAAUUAAUAUACAAUUAUGCUACGAAUUUUGACAACAAUUCAUUAACUCAAUAAAGUCUAAUUUAUUUAAACGAUAAAUUAGAAAGAUAUCGGAUCAUGAGUGUCAUUGCAGUGGUACACGUGUUUCUAACAGUAACCGUUACUGCAUUCAAAUACAGUAAUUACGAUACAGUGACUUAUGAUCGUCCUUUGGUUACUUCUACACCGUCUUUGCCUCAUUCAUACAAUUGGUAUUCGAAAUUGCAGAGAUCUAAGAAAAACGAAAAAACAGAGAAAUUUACAGUAUUGUCUACUGGCCAAUUUGUAGAGCAAGAUCCUUUGAAUUUAUGGAUCGACAGGCAACUAUCAAACACAAGAAAUCUCAGAGAAACGAGAACACUGGAUAAUAGUUUGGGGAUUGGAAAUCCAUUUGAACGAAAGACGCGAAAGGCGACAUAUAAAAUUGAUACCUCUGCACAAGAUAUCGAAAUAAAAGAAUGUUUUGAUCCAAAGAAGGAAAACUCAUGGAAUGGAGAUAACGAUCAUUUUGACAAAUUUCGAAAUACAAUUGUUCGAAGAACAUACAUAGGAAACAAAGAUCAACCUCAAGACAGGUUGGAUCAUUUGAAAAAAAAAAAUUUAUCGGAAGGAAAUAAUGGAAUUGGAAAUCGAGAAAGACAAAUUCGAGGAAGAUUUAUAAUUGACGAUAUUAAUAAUGAUAGUGAAAGUUAUAUUACAAUCUCAGAUAAUUCAAAUAUUCAACAAAGGCAGCAAUCAAUACGUGAUAUCAAUGAUAAAUAUUUAAAUGAUACGAACGAAGAAAAUCGUUUUCUCAAUUUUCUUGAUCGAUAAAAAAAAAUGAAUAGCGAAGACGUCGAACAAUUGACAUCGAUGAGUUACAGGCAAGGAAGGAAAUAUAAAUUAACCAGUCAGCAACAAGGAACACUUCUCGUCGAGGCUUUAAGAAAAAAACGAAACUAUACAGGAGAUCAUCGAGGUCACAAUAAUGAUCUACAAAAUGGCAUAAUGGACAUGCUGGGUAGAAUGAUACCACAAACGUGUACAUAUAAAGGAACAACAUUCGACUGUGGUCUUAGUAUUAGUUGUGUUCUUGGAGGCGGUCGUCCAGUCGAUCUUUGUUCCGGAGGGUUAAUAUGGAGUUGUUGCGUCGAUGAUGAUGACAUUCCUGAUAAAGUACCACGACCAACAAUUGGAUUAUUACAAAAUGCUACGCUUUCGUUAAACUUGGCAAAUCAACAUCCCUAUGUGGACGAUGAUGUGCAAAUCUACGACAAUGCGGCAAGGCCGAGCAAGCCAACAUACAGUAGUCAGGAUGAGCAUGGAACGAGCUACCCGUAUGCUGACAUCGCGAACAAACCAACAACCAUUUAUGAGUCUUCGCAUAUAUGGAAUUAUGAUCGGCCUGUGUAUACGAAUCGUCCAUCGGUUUAUCAUCCGCUCCAGCUUGAUUAUCCUCAGGAUGAAUAUGAUGCCACUUACCCCGAUGUUUCGGGAAUGAACAUCCCAAACGAGGACGUCUCAAACUCCGUGGAUUAUUCCAAAUAUCGUGGUUGCGGUGAACUUUAUACAAGAAGUAAUAGAAUCGUGGGUGGACACAGUUCCAGUUUUGGUAGUCAUCCAUGGCAGGCUGCUAUUAUUAAAUCUGGAUUCUUAACAAAAAAAUUAUCAUGCGGUGGGGCUUUACUCAACAACAGAUGGGUUGUUACUGCCGCCCAUUGUGUAGCAACAACACCAAAUGGUAAUUUGAAAGUGCGUCUUGGUGAAUGGGAUGUUAGAGAUGCAUCCGAACGAUUGCUACACGAAGAAUUUAAUGUUGAAAGGAAGGAGGUUCAUCCACAAUAUUCACCGACCGAUUUCCGGAAUGACGUAGCAUUAGUAAAACUUUCGAGAACAGUGGCGUUCAAACAACACAUCGUACCUGUUUGUUUGCCGGCGAAAAAUCUCAAAAUUUCUGGACGUACGGCAACAGUUGCUGGUUGGGGUAGAACGCGACAUGGGCAAAGUUCAGCACCAACGAUUCUUCAAGAAGUUGACGUUGAAGUAAUUCCUAAUGAAAGAUGUCAACGUUGGUUUAGAGCAGCUGGAAGGCGAGAAACUAUACAUGAUGUUUUUUUAUGCGCAGGUUAUAAGGAAGGUGGGCGAGAUUCUUGUCAGGGAGAUUCUGGUGGUCCUUUAACUAUGUCUGUAGAAGGAAGACAUGUAUUAAUCGGUCUUGUGUCAUGGGGUAUUGGAUGUGGUCGUGAACAUUUGCCUGGUGUAUAUACGAAUAUUCAGAAAUUCGUCCCCUGGAUCGACAAAGUUAUGAGUUAAAUUUCAUAAUUCAAAAACAUGGAAAAUAUAAGUAAACUGCAAGAAUUAUUUAAAGAAUUAUUAUUUAAAAAUGCAAGAAUAAUUUAAAGAGAUGACGAUAUGCAGAAACGAUAAAAGUACUUUAUAAUAUAAGUACUUUAAUUAUUUUCUAAAAGAAAGUAUUUAUAUGUUUUUUAUUAUUUUUUUUUUUUUUUUGAUAAUAUCAAUUG